AAGAAAAGGGCGUUCACAAUCAGAUAAAAAAGGGAAAUUGCAUAAGAGCUCUAUCUCUCUUACACUUAGAACCCACAAAGGGAAAAAACAAUUUUUUUCAUUUUUAAAUAUUUGUUUGUUGAAAGCAUCAGAAAAGAAUACCAAUCAGAAAGUUGCUGACCAAAAUUGGUGCCUUUAUUUUUGGUUAUUGAAGAAUGGAUUAGGGUUUUGACAUGGUGGUGUUGAUCAAGUAUUGUAUUCUGCUACCGGAUCUAAAACAUUAAAUAGACCUGAGCUUUGAUCUGUUUAUUCUUCAAUCAAACAAACACAGCCACUCACUAGACAAAAAGGAUAUUCUGAAGCAACAUGCAUGCUAGACAUCGAAAUCCUGGAAAUGUUUAUAGGUCCAAUUCAAUGGCGAUGGGUGUGCCCCCUGAAGGGUCAGCUAGAGGCCGUGGAUUUUAUUCAGAAUACCGUAGCUUUAAUCGUGGUUUUGGACGUGGCCAGGGCCAGCCUAAAUCUUUUCAACAACCACCACCAAUGCCACGAAAAAGUGACGUUUUCAUGGAAGCUGGUCGACUUGCAGCUGAGUACUUGGUUUCUCAAGGACUGCUGCCUCCUACCAUACUCUCUGGUAAAAUACAAAAUGGUACUUUUAGAUCAGAAGAUGGAGAAAACUUUCAGCUUCCACAUGAAGGCAGGUCAUCAGUUCUCACUCGUCUUGGGAAUUCUAGUUCAGAUGUGGGGUCUGGUAGGAGAAGAUACCCUGAUGAUUAUAACUCAAUGGGUUUGAGAAAUUAUUUGAAUAGAAGGAAAAAAGGAGGAUCUUUUAAGAGUUCUAGCUCAGAUUGGGGAAGAGAAUACGGGAGAAGUGGAUCAUGGUCUGAAAAAGGUAGGGCUUCGCCUGAUAUUGGGGGUGAUUGUGAUUCUUAUUCUGGAAAUCAAGACGAACAAAUUAGUAAAGAUGUUGGCGAUGGAUUGCAGAAGCCAGGUUUAGGAGAGGUGGCACCAAAAAGUGAGGAAUUCAGUGGUUUAGAGUCUGAAUUGGAAAAGUACAACAUCCAGGAUGAAAUGGGCUCAAGGGCAAGUUCUUCUAGUGUUGGGAAAGAUUUAAUGCAUGAAACUGAUGGGGAAUUCUCCAAGAAAUCUGUAGAUUCAACAAAUAUGGAUGUGGAAGCUGGGGAGCUGAAGGAUGAGAUUUGUAAUGAUGAAACCAAGGAACAAGAUGCCUUGGAGGAAUCAGCCAUCAAACAUUAUUCUCUGGAGGAUGAUACUUCUACCAAGACUAAUAAUGACCUGCUGGCAUUUUGCAGAUUUGCCAAGGUGCCAACCAAAACUCGUUCUUCUUUAACAUGUAAAGGCCAGAAGGUUGAUUCAGUUUCAAAUAAUGAUGUGGAAAAGACUUCUGAUACCAUACUUCCCGGAGGAUCUGAAGCAUUAGGUGAAAAUAACUCUUUGGUUAGCUCGGUUGUUGAUAUGUUACCAGAUAAAACUCUUGAUUCAAAGUACCAUCAUCCUGAAAUAUCUAAACCUUCACGUGUCCAGUCAGUUGAGGGUGUUGGAGCAUUAGGUUCUGUUUAUGGUGUUGAGCAAGGCCAUUUUGUAAGGUCUCAAUCCUUCCCAGAUAGAGCUUUAAUUUGUGAUGUUGAUCAGGGAUUAGGUCAGGGGUUUUCUGAUCUCCAAAAGUCCAGCUCCAUGGUCCAAGAGAGAGGUGGAAAACGAACUAUGGAAGAGAAUGAUUCAGUGGAGGCAACCAAGAAACUAAGAGAAUGGUUUCCAUCUAUGGUUACUCAAUCCAAUGAGUACUCCAUCAUACCUAGUAUGAGUGACAAGAAAGCAAGUUCACAAGAAACAGCUGCACCUUGUGAAGUGAGCCUGGCUGUUGAUCUGGAGAACUCGGUUAAUAGUUUUCAAUUCCCAAGGAGAGUUGGUGAACCUUGUGUUGGGUAUGUACAGGAGAAACAAUUGUUUCCUGGUUCGUAUAAAAUUUGUGACCUUAAUCUUAUGGAAGCAUCUGACAUAAAUGAGAAUCAUCAUAGUGAUCCAACUCUAAUUUACCCUAUUAUUCCAAAAAAAGAAGCUACAAUGGUUGAUGUUGAUUUGUCAAUGAGUAAUUCCAUUAUGUCUGGUGAAUAUGGUAGACGAACAAGUGAUGGUAAGGAGAUUGAGAUAAUUGAUUUAGAGAAUGAUUCUGCUCAAACAGACAAGGCUCUCGAUAAUUCAGAGCAAAAGACAGAAACUAUGUUUACAGUCACGGAAGGCUUUCCUAAUCAUGUACAGAAUGCUGGUCAUAUUCCUGAUGUUCAGGAUAAUUAUGAUGGGCUUAUGAUCACGCAAUUACUAAAUAACUUUCCAGAUUGUCCUGCAGUACCGGUGGAUAUAAAUGCUCUGCAGAAUGAGAUGACCAUUCACAAUGGAGAGGGGGCUCUUGGUGAUGAUGAUUCAAUAUAUAUGUCCCUUGGAGAAAUACCAUUAAGUUUUUUGCGUAGCUGGGAGCAGCCACCACCACAGGAGUAUGAGAAGCCCUUUUGAUUCCGCGUGUGCUGAAAAAUUAAAGACAGAAUACUAGUUGGUAUGCAUAUAUUGGUCAAUGGAGUUGUACUGUUAUGCUGCAAUAGAUGAUUAGCUUCACCCCACUCCAGUGCCACGUUAGUUUAGAUUUGGUUAUGUUUAUAGAGGAUAAGUGCACUCCAACUGUAGAAAUCUUAGCAAAUGGUGAAUUCUCUUCAUGUUUGGCUGUAGCACCUCAUUGUUAAACCAAAAGAAGUUCAUCAUCACGUUUGUGUUUAAAUCGUCCAUUUCUUACUUUUCUGCACAUCCACUAAUAAAAUUUCAAAUGUCUGACAACA